AUGGAUCAGAAUGAAGGAGGAAAACCCAGCAUGGAGAAGGCCAAGAGGUCUCUGGAGCUGACCGACGACGAGUCAGAGGCCGUGUCCAGGCUCGCCGUUCGGCCUCACCGAGCCGGCGCCGGUCCGAGCCUCUACGAGUAUUUCGCUCUCAGAGGCAUCCAAGUCGACCGAGUCGAACCGGGACUUGUCGUCUGUACAUUCAAAGUCCCUCCCCACCUCAGCGAUAGAAGUGGAAGGUUGGCUAAUGGUGCAAUUGCAAACCUUGUUGAUGAAGUGGGUGGUGCCGUUGUUCAUGUUGAGGGCCUCCCUAUGAAUGUUUCAGUGGAUAUGUGCAUCUCUUAUAUGUCAACUGCGAAGCUUCAUGAUGAAUUAGAGAUCACCUCAAGGGUGUUAGGACAAAGAGGGGGUUAUUCGGGAAUGAUAGUGCUUAUGAGAAACAAGGUAACUGGGGAGGUUAUUGCUGAAGGUCGACAUUCAUUGUUUGGUAGACAUGCUAGCAAACUAUGA